AUGCCUCACUCAGACCACUCCCCAUCCCCACCACGCGAUCACUUUCCCGAUCUUCCAAUCUUCCCCGACAACGUACCCACCGCGCCACUUCUCCGCAUCUCGCUUCAAAAGUUACUCGACCGCGACGAAGAAGAACAAAACAGGUGUUGGCAAGCAUGUCGCGAGCUGGGUUUCUUCUAUCUUGACGUACGCAGCUCCAAUAUACAUUCAAACAGUGACAGCAACAAUACUACCAACACGUCCGCUGUCGACGGCGAUGCGCUACUCCAAGAUGUGGACAAGCUAUUCGAAAUAAUGCGAGACUUCUACGAUCUAGAUGUCUCGGAAAAGAUCAAAUACGACUUCAAGGACCAGGGCAGUUACUUUGGCUACAAAGGGUACGGCGAAGGUUACGUCGAUAAGCAAGGAACGAAAGACCGGAAUGAAAUCUACAAUAUCUCCAAAGACGACAUCCUCGGUCUCAGUGACCCCCUUCCCUCGCCAGCCGUCUUGAACCCACACCGCGAGCUAUACAAAUCCUAUAUCACCUCGUCCCACGCAAUCUGCAUGCUCAUCACAUCCUUACUCUCCUCUCGCCUCCCUCUUGCAACAGAGACGAAGUCAGCAGGCGGCCUACCCGCAAUCCACCGUCUACACGCCUCAUCAGGCGACCAAAUCCGCUUCGUCAAAGCACCCCCACAAGAACAAUCCCUCAAAGGCGUCGCACUGGGCGAACACACAGAUUUCGGCAGCGUGACCGUCCUAUUCAACCGCCUGGGUGGCCUGCAAGUCAGACUGCCAUCCCACAUCUCCCCUCUCGCACCAACAUCCACAUCCCCACCACCCACACCCAUCGAGAAGAAACUCUGCGAAGACGGCUGGACAUACGUGCGUCCCUUACCGGGCCACUGCAUCGUCAAUCUCGGCGAUGCACUCGUCAAGUUCUCAAACGGCGCGUUGAGGAGUAAUAUUCAUCGUGUUGUUGCGCCGCCGGGGGAGCAGGGGAGUGUGGAGAGGUAUAGUCUUGUGUAUUUUUGUCGGCCGGAGAAUGAUGUUUUGUUGAAGAGUUUGGUGGAAGGAGGGAAUGUGGAGGGCGAGGAGGAGGUUACGGCCAAGGAGUGGAUAUUGAGGAGGGCGUUGGGGAGGAGGAAGGCGGAUGGGUGGGAGAAGAGUGGUGGAACGGAGGCGGUUAGUAUGGGGGUUAGGAGUGGGGGGAUGAGGACGUGA